AUGACCACUCCGGGCUACUCAAUGGCGACAAACAAUGACUCAGUGAUGCUCACGUCCUAUUCCACUGUCACACCCAGCUUCAGCGCGAUGUCAAGUUCGACACAGGUUUACCAAACUGUGACACCAGCCUCAACGACCGCAGCCGCUACGUCUAGUGUUAUCGUCGUCCCUACCGAGUCGCCCUCCACCAUCGCCACCGGCGGGUAUGUUGCGAGCGUAUACAAGCGGGACGCAAUCACUGUCAACAUCAAGAUUCCAGUUGCGCAGUCUCUGGUGAGCACCAAUCUCAAGACUGCUAUUGCACUCAAAACAUCUUCUAAGCCUACUCCUAGCAUGCUUGUGCCGAACACUAACGCGCCCGAGCCUACUUCAGCACCAGAAACUAAAUCUUCGUCGAAACCUUCCGUAGCCGAUGAAGUCAAGACUAUCGUGGUUUCGCAGGGUCCGCGCUGUCCGUACCCGUACCCAGGCAUCCAUUGUGGAAAGCCGAUCACGACAGUUACGACGGUGAAGAAGGCUACACCAACGUCAAUGCAGAGCAUUAAGAAGGCUAGUGAAGACGCCGUUGCUCUUGAAACUACGAGUUCUGCUUUGCCCGCGUUGGAUUCGGCGAAGGGAUUCUGUGAUGGCGGUAUCUGGGCGGGCUGUAAGUAA